ACUUCGUUGGUUGAUAGAUUAGAAUCAACCAAUUUCAUAACACGGCCGAUUAACAGGCGCACAGAGGGAGCCAGGAGGGACAGUGCCACUUGAAAGGGAGCGGCCUUGAUGUGAAUCAAUCCAUGGCAUGGCCUUCUCUCUCCCCCAUUCCCUCAAAAUCAUUGUACUUUCUGUCUCCCUCCUCUCCUCCUUCCUCUUCUUCCUCCUCAAAUCCCCGUCCCACCCAUACCCUUUUUCCCCAGUCCCCCAUAGAUCGCUCCUCACCAGAAGAUCCCAACCUUGCUCCAAAUCCACCUCUGAUACCCUCCUCGACUACUCCUGCCUAUUCAGCCAAAACCCGUUUCUUUCUAUCUCUUCCCUCUCCUUCCUCAUCCUCCUUUUCUUCUACAUCCUCAUCAAGACCGCACAGGACCACUUCUCCAUAGUCACUACCAAACUAGCCCACCAACUAAAUCUAUCACCAACAAUCGGUGCUGUUACUCUAUUAGCCUUGGGCAAUGGAGCUCCUGAUGUGUUUUCAUCGGUUGCCGCUGUACGCGGAGGCCACUACCGAACUGGGUUCGGUGCAAUACUCUCAGCGGGCACUUUUGUAUCUGCAUUAGUUGUUGGUUUCGUGGCAAUCUACGCCGCACCCUUCUCGGUGGAUCCCGUACCGUUUGUGAGGGACGUGUUGUUUUAUUUGAUUGCGGCGUUGUUCUUGUUCUAUGUGUACCUCAGUGCGGAGAUUUUUCUGUGGCAGGCUGUUGGGUUUGUUGGGUUUUAUGUAUUUUUUGUUGGGAUUGUGUUCUGGAUGGACUGGGGACUUAGCGGAGGGAGAAGGAAAGGUCGGGGUGAGUUGGGUAUGGUUGGGGAAGGUGAGAUGGAGAAGGCAUUGGCCGUGGUGGACUACGAGAUUGGAGAGGUUUCAGGAAACUUGAAGGAAGUAAAGUCAGGCUUCGGGUUUUGUCAAUCGCUUGGACUGAUCUCAAAAGUAUGGGAGCUUCCUGUCUCGGUUCUUUUGAAGCUCACAAUUCCACAAACUGCACCUUCAGAAUGGAGCAGAUUUUACGCAGCAGCUAAUGUCACUCUUUGCCCCCUGGCCCUUUUAUAUUCUUGCAACUCAUUCAUGCCAUUUGAUCAUCCCAUCGUUUUCCUCCUGCCACACACCCAUUUCCCUCUCUGGUCUAUAGUUUUAUUGGCAAGCUUUCCUCUUGCAGUUCUUCACUUCAUAGUAGAGAAAGAGCCCCCCAAAACUGAGAAAAUGCCUUUAUUACUCAUAGCAUUUGUUAUGAGUGUGUUUUGGAUUUCUACUAUUGCUGGGGAACUGCUGAACUGCCUUGCAGCACUUGGGGCAAUUCUUGAAGUGCCACCAUCCCUCCUUGGGCUCACAGUACUUGCAUGGGGAAAUUCAGUGGGUGACUUGGUUGCUGAUGUGGCAGUUGCCAAAGCAGGUCAGCCAGCAAUGGCCAUGGCCGGUUGCUUUGCUGGGCCGAUGUUUAACAUGCUUGUUGGGCUUGGAACAGCUUUGGUGAUACAAACAGCCAAUAUCUAUCCAAACGCUUAUGAGCUCCAUUUUCAUGUGGGCAUCGUUAUGGCAUUUGUCUUCCUGCUACUGAGCUUGAUGGGGUCUCUGCUGGUUAUUACAUGGAAUAGAUUCCGGGUGCCUAGGUUCUGGGGAUUCUGUCUUGUUAGCCUGUAUAUUCUUUUUACAGCCGUAAGCUUAGUAAUUGCUAAGUUUUCACAGUGAUUUUGACGCUUGUUGGACGUACUAAUCUAUAGACUACAUUGAUAAAUGCAAAACUGUGUGAAAGAAAUGCGGCUGCUCUAUACCCGCUGGAUAUCUCUGCCUGGUGAUAUAAGCCUGUUUCUCGGAUUAGAAGAAGAAGAAUGAAGGGAUUGAGUAGCUGCAAUUGAAAGAUAGGUAGCUCAUACCUUGGAUAAAUCUUGGUUCCUGUUUGUUUCUACACUGCUUUGAGGAGAUUCUUUAUUGACUAGCUAAAAUUCUUAUUAAUUUAUAUGAAUAAUCUACUUGUAAGAGAGAAUGUUUAUUUAGCAUGAUAUCUUGUCAACAACAUAUUCAAAUUGCA